CCUUCCCCCAGCGCUGGUGGCGCUAGUGCCGGGGAAAGUCGCUAGGGGUGUCCUUCCUCUCCACCCUCCACGCCACACGAGGGGAAAAAAAUAUAUUAGAAGUGUAAGCUUUCUAGAGCCGUAAUUUACCUAAAGUACGUCUCUUCCCACCAAAUACACCACACACAUGAACCCCAAACUUUUCCAAGUAGGCUGGCUGCUACACGCUGAGGUGUGUGUGUGUGUGUGUUUGUGUUAGUGAACCGCGCUACUGUUUUCAGCUCUUUGGUUUCGGGGUUGAGUCAGAGGUCUUAGGUGUGCCCCCGUGGGCUUGCCAGGACAAUUUGCGUGUGCGUGUGCGUGUGUGCGUGUGGGAGCUGGCGGGCGUCGCUGACUAGCCGGCCCCGCGUUAAAGAGUAGCACGUCGGAAUCUGUGUAAGCCUCGUUGCUCUGUGCUCAGGCCGGCGGGGAGACCACUGCAAGCCACAGUUUUCGUCCUCUGUUCUCGCCUGUCGCGCCCUUACCGGUGAUAUUUUGCGUUGGAAAUUGAAGCAGGGGCAAUAUACUGUGAUGGCCGUGUGUUAGAAAUGCUUAAAAGAGCAGUAGAGCUAAGAAAACCAAGUGAAAAUCAACCGAUCUUCGCUGCCCGAUGGCGGUGGUGACCAGUAGGUGCGCUGACGACCCGCACUUAACAGACCAACAAUGAAGUGUUAACCUGUGGUGGUGCGUCGUAGUUGAGUGCUGGCGUGGCACCUACGUUGUCAUGUGUAAGAGCAAGCCGCCGUUGUGGCCAGAGUCUCCAAACAUCUUCUACCAUGUCAGGAGCGGUGACAGGCUUUAAGAUGGAGCACUUCAAUGCCCUGGAUCCUCGUAAACAAGAGCUCCUGGAGGCACGGAUCGGAGGCCGGGUAAUGGAACCUCCUUUUUUGGUUACCUCAGAUAUUGAAAGUGGUGCAGAAACACCGAGAAAUGGUAGCUCUCACUGUAACCCCCAAGUACCUGUUCCAAUUAGUCCGGGUGUGCAAGACACUGGCAAAAUUGCUGUAGGUGUAGGGGAACAGGCGGCGUCUUCGUCUCUUGUGCCCAGGUUAGAUCCGCCAUCAUGUAUGACGGCAAAGCAGCCAGUUCCUCUGUCUCCGAUUCCAGUGCAGGCUAGCAUAGGUGGUCAGAGUCUUGGGAUGAAAAAAAGUUCUGGACAUUGUGGAACAAUACAGCCCGGUUUUAUCAAUUACGGAUCUGAAAUAAAUGUUAGCCCUAACAGACAGACCCAAAGUCUUCCAGUUGUACAGGCCAGUAUAUCUACUUUUGGAGGCCAAGAAAGGCAAAUUGUGAGAUUAGAACAUUUGCAAGAAAGUGGUAGAGACACACAUGUUAACCAGGCAUUGAGUCUAUCUUAUAAGUGCUGGGAUAGGAAUCAGGAAAUUGGCUACAGAAGUAAUCAGAUUGCCACCUCUGCCAGUCUGCUGUGUAGUGCGUCAGAAAGUAUACCAGUUGGGGCACCUGAAUUAGAGGAUAGUUCUAAGCCUUCAAACAAGAAAAUCCAAAAAUUUAGCGUUUUUUCUGGGACUCCUGACAAACCUUUAGCAGGAGGCUUGGAGUACAGUCCGACAGGUGACCCCUCCAAGAAGUGUGUUAAGAAGAAUCCCAAAAGCAAGCGACACCUAACAUCUCCGAGGGGUGCGCGAGGGAGUCCCAAACUGACUGGGGAGAUGGCCAGGGUUGGAGCUAGAGUGGACUCCCCCUUGCACCUGGCUCUUGAGACGGGCAGACUGGAGAAGUGUGAUUGGUCGAAAAUUCAUCCAACUGUGCAAUUAGGAAUGUCUACCGACCUUCAUUCAUUUUAUAAGGCGCACCUGGGUGGGAGUAACCCCAGCACUCCCACCUCCACGCAGCCGCCCACAUCCAUGUCCGGAUCUGUCUCUCAGCCUAUGCUAUUGGACAGACAAGAUUCCAACCUCAGCACUGGGUCUUCAGACCGAGAAGAAAGCACCAGUCCAGAUAAAAGCCAACAGCGAGCCCCUACUGACCGAAAAAGGAAAAGGAAAAGUGGAUCACUAGGGUCACAAAAUGAUGAAGGGGGAGGAGGAGCUGCUCCUAAGAUGAGCAGAGCGACGGAAACCAAAAAAAUUAACGAUUAUCUCAAGCAGCAACAGCAGCAGCAGCAAGCUAAUUCUCCUCUUAGACACACUGGUGCUAAGAGUCCCUCCCCACAGACACUUCUAAGCCAUAUGACUGGUCACAGUGGUGGUUUAGGCGAUCCACUUGUUGGGUUGAUGCCCCCACCUCGAGGUGUUCCUGUAACUCACCGCUCCACACAGAGUGAUAUUACCUUUAGGCAGGUUGAAGAAAUGGAAAGUCGUGCGUCUAUGGACAUGGAAGCAAAAAAUACAAGAAUUGAUAAUUUACAGUGUACAAAUGAAGAACUAUCACGACAGCUACAGACUCAAAGUAAACUCCUCGAACAAAAGCAAUUACAAAUUAAUAAAUGUAUUGAAGUAGUCAAGAAAUUACAGAUUGAAAAAUCUAAUAUAGAAAAGAAAGAGGCCAGACAAAAAUGCAUGCAGAACCGAUUAAGGCUGGGGCAGUUUGUUACUCAAAGGGUCGGGGCAACCUUUCAGGAAAACUGGCAAGAUGGCUAUGCCUUUCAGGAAAUAACGAAACGGCAAGAAGAACUUCAAGCAAAUAGAGAAGAAAUAGACCGACAGCGAAAACUUUUAAUGAAACGUAAACCAUCUGAAAGUGGGAGCAACUCUCGGAAACGGGCAACAAACAGUAAUCAAGGACAGGUUGGCGGAAAUCUUCCAAAUGGCCUUGGGGGUGACCACGACCACAGAGACCUCACUAUCCAGGAAUAUUAUGAAUCGGAAGAAAUAUUAAAGUUACGGCAAACUGCUUUAAAAAAGGAGGACACAGACCUACAACAAGAAAUGGAAAAACUUGAGAGAGAGAGAAAUCUUCAUAUUAGAGAACUCAAGCGAAUUCACAAUGAAGACCAGUCAAGAAUCCUUCAAUCCCAGUCUUCACCCCGCAAUCCUCAUGACAUGCGGUGGUUUGGUGGUUUGACCCAAGCUGCCAGAUGUUUGCAACUUUCUAAACCUGUAUCAGAAUUCAACAAUCAUCCAGUUUUAAACGACCGGUACCUGUUGCUCAUGUUAUUAGGAAAAGGAGGGUUUUCUGAAGUUCAUAAGGCAUUUGAUCUAAAGGAGCAGCGAUAUGUAGCGUGCAAAGUCCACCAGUUAAAUAAAGAUUGGAAAGAUGAUAAAAAGGCCAAUUAUAUCAAACAUGCCAUUAGAGAGUACAAUAUUCAGAAGAAGUUAAACCAUCCGCGCAUAGUCAAACUUUACGACGUGUUUGAGAUUGAUGCAAAUAGUUUCUGUACAGUCUUAGAGUACUGUGAUGGUCAUGAUCUAGACUUCUAUUUAAAACAGCACAAGACGAUACCAGAGCGAGAAGCGAGAUCUGUGAUCAUGCAGGUAGUCUCCGCACUUAAGUACCUGAACGAGAUCAAACCGCCAAUCAUUCAUUACGAUCUCAAGCCAGGAAACAUCUUGUUGACCGAUGGUAACAUUCUCGGGGAAGUAAAGAUCACCGACUUUGGUCUAAGUAAAGUGAUGGAUGAAGACAGCUAUCAUCCAGACUACGGGAUGGACCUCACAUCUCAGGGGGCCGGCACAUACUGGUAUCUACCGCCAGAGUGCUUUAUUGUAGGGAAAACACCACCCAAGAUCUCUAGUAAAGUAGACGUGUGGUCUGUGGGUGUAAUAUUUUAUCAGUGCCUAUACGGAAAGAAGCCGUUCGGUCACAACCAAAGCCAGGCUACCAUAUUAGAGGAAAAUACUAUCCUCAAAGCCACAGAUGUACAGUUUCCACCCAAACCAGUGGUCAGCAAUGAAGCCAAGCAAUUCAUCCGAUGUUGUCUAGCUUACCGUAAGGAGGACCGCAAUGAUGUAUUGACGCUGUCUUCCAAUCCUUAUCUUUCACCGCCACUACCAAAGAGUGGUAGGCAGUCAGCCAAUAGUCAGCAACAAGCAGCAGCGGCGGCUUCUGCUGUAGCACAGGCAGCAGCUGCUCAACAACAGGCGGGAUACCAACAACCCUUCACUACUGGUCUCUUGGGCCUUGGGAACAUACACUCUUCCACCAGUUCAUAAUGACACGCCACCCGCAGUAGGGGGCACGUCCCGCCCCGACACCCCCUACCUAGCUCCACCCUGCGUCACCCGACCCCCUUCGAUCGUCACCACCUGCCUGCUGCCGCCCGUUGCCCACGGCUGCCACCAGCACCAUUAUGGCCAUAUUGACCACAGGGUUUAAGUUUGUCAGCAGUGAUCCAUGAUGCAAUUAGUCAGGUCUCUUCACAGUUGGAAAUUUCAUGUGCCAGUUACCUCAGCUUUCAGUAGCCAUGACAGUAAAUUUAAGAUAUAGCUCUGCAGUAGGAUUUUUAUGGACAAUGGAUAUAUCUUUAAUUGAUAAUUUUUAACAUUUGAAUUGGGUAGUACUAAUUUGCAAAUUAGGAAAAAUGAGUUUUAAUGAAUUUACUGCAUGCAGUAAUUCAUAUUUUUUAUACUAUUUUCCAACACAUUACACAUGAACAGUUGUAAUACUUGGAGACACACAGUACCCAAAUGAGGUGUGGCAUUAGGGUGGUGAGGGCAAGGUGGUGGUGAAGCGGAUUGGGUGGUUGAGGGCAUUGGGGCAGAGGCUCAACACAGCACUAGAAACUCCUGUGUUCCUACUUGCUGCCACAACCACUACUGUAAUGUGCUUUACAAGGGACAAGCCCCAGUAUACAGAGCAAAACAGUCAUGAAAGUGGUGCCAGUGUGCAGCUGGAAAAUAUUCCAUUGUGAUUUUUUUUUUUUUUUUUUAAAUAUACAGAGUUAUAUUCUAUCAAGCCAAAGUUGUGACUAGAUUAUGCCACAGUAAAAAUUAUAAAUACCAGUUACUACAACUAGAGAGCUAGCCACGUGGUACCCAAUGUGAUGGUGAUAUGUACAUUAUGGAGAGAAUGACUCCAGUGGUAGGAACACAAACAGUGAGUGUGGUGCUCUACUUUUGCAGUGCCGACCAUUGCGGGUGGUUCGGGCCCAGCGGAGGGCAGCAGUCGUGUUGCUUCCACAUUAAGGUGGCGACAACGGGUAAAGUGGCAAAAGUGAGCGUUGUUAGCCACUAACCGAUGUGAUGUGAUAUUGUGUAGUCGUGAGUGUGAACUCAGGUUCCGGCGCACAGGUGUAGGUUGUGGGAGACAGCAGUGGCCGGUAGCCAGGUGUGAUAUAUAUAGUACCACUUUUAAGAAAGUGAGCGAAUACGUUAUGUGACUUUCAGGAACAGUAUGUGUUAACUUGCAAAAAAAAGCACCGUUCUGUGGAUGUUGCCUUCGAACAUAGCAGCCAAAUCGUGGCCACAGAUAACGUGAGAGGUAAGCGAGUUGUCAAAAAUUACUGGAACUGUAUCCUGAAGUAUCCGUAUCACUAAAUUUGUUUAGGCCUCUGUGGAAAGUCUGUUGAAAAAGACUAAUAUUAUAACAUUUUUGAAAACAAAAAUUGUUAGUUACUGAAUCUUCAUAAGUUUGGUGCUACAGAAUUUAAAAUGAAGAAAUUCACAGCUUACACUAUAUUAUUUUCUGAAGUGAAAAUAAAAUAUCCAAGAGGGAAUCCAUGAAUUCAUUCCUGUGGAAAUAGGCUAUAUACACAAGCAUUACAUAGCUCCCACCUUAAUUCAUGUACAUUGUUUACCGAUAUUCCUCUUCUGCUGCAAGUGCCGUGUAUUUAUGCAGAACACAGACACACCGUUCCCAUCGUGGUACGAACGGCAACCCACAUUAAUAGUCUACAGAUCACCACAGCUUAUCUUGAUUAUAUUGUAUGUAUUUUAAUGUCAUUUUUUAGACAUGUGAGAUAUUACCUAGUUUUGUAUGUUGAUUUUUUUUUCUCCAUUUUCGGUUGUCCUCCUGAAAGCAUUUUAGAUUUGAUUUUGUGGUGGUCAGCUAUAAAUUAAAUUGCAAGAGGUUGGAUCGAUGCCAGCUCCUCCAAAAUGUAAUUCGCUAACAUAGUCACUCAGAGCUGGGGAGAUAGUGGCGGUGGAUCUUCUAUUGGUGUCCUGUUCUUGACAGUCUUGGUGAAGUGUAAAACAGUAGGACUAAAACAGGUUCAUUUCUUAUUUCAAUGCUUUCAUUUAAAAGUCUGAAGUUUCUUAUAUGUCAUUAAGAAAUGGGAUGACUUCUUCAAUUGCUCGAGGCUCGGAUCUUCUGUUCACAGCAUUUUACAAAUGGGAGAUAGGGAGAAGGCAAUGAAAAAGUUAAAAAGUUCUGCUACAUCAUCCUGAUAUAUUAUGUUCCUAAUUAUGCCUUGAUGAUUAAUCUGGAUGAAUGUGCACUUGACAACAGUUGGGAGUAUGAACUGGAGGUUUUAUGCCUGCCGUCGGUAGCCAGAGCUUUGUUGUAUUACUGUAUUGUGUUUAGGACGUUUUGCGUGUAUGGUACAAGGGAUGUGAAAUUCUGAAUAUAUUUAAUGUAAAUGAAAAGUGGGCAAUGACACUUCUGUUAAGAUAAAAGACAUGUAGUACAUGCGAGUUGCAACAACAGAAGCUUCUUAAUCCAUUUAAAAGAUUUCAUCGUAUAUCAAUGUUCAUUUUGCAUUGUUGGUUUUUAACUCUUGACAUGGCUGCCUUAAAGCUGAGGCAUAAAACAUAAGUGGUUGCAAGAAAAAUACAAACCUAUCCUUAGGGAUGUUAAUCUCAGAAAAUGAGGGACAUUUCCUUUCCUUGUAAAUCAGAAGAUGUGAGCCUCUGGGAUUUAACUGGGAACUUUUUCUCUGCCAAUUCAGAUUGUCUGUAGAAAGGUACUAGUUUAAAUUUGCCCCUUAGUUUCCUCAGCUCACUCCGGUGUCAUUAUUUUUUUUUUAUCAGUUAAAGAUUAAUACCGCCAUUUGGUCUGUUGCCGGCCAUUGUGAUAGUUAUCGCUCUAUACUUGUCAAAUUCUAUCAUGUUAUGUAAAAUGUAAUGCAUAAAUAAAUCAAUAAAGCAA